ACAGUUUUAAUUCAAAUUUCUAAUAUUUGCAGAUAUCAAAGAAAGCUGAAUUUGGCAGCAAAUGUCAGGCGUGGAUCAGAAUAAAUCAGGAACUGCAGGAAAUCUAUGGAUCCACAAUUGAACGAAAUACAGCGUAUUGCCUGCGAACUGCGUUCGGACAAGGCGCCGGCGCGAAACAAGGCAAUUGAACAGCUGGACCAGAAACUGAACAGCUUUAAGAGUGCUUUAAACGCGGUGCUGGGUCGCAAUGAGGAGCUUUCUUGGCAAAACCUUCUUGUGAUCGUCAAGGAGGCGAUCUUAAAGCACGCGAAUAACUUAAGAGAUGCGACGUCGGAAAAGGCUCGUAAGCAGUUGGCGGACAAAUGUUAUUUGUACGGCAAUGUCAUGGACCGUAUCAUCGACUAUAAUUUGGAGAUGGGCCGAGCGAGCAGCGGACAUUUUCUGACAAAGUCAACGAUAUUCGAUGCCUUUGUGGACGGCACUAAAAGUGACAUUGUUGUCCGUUACUUUGGAGUGAAUUUCGUUAAUUUACUGGACAGAGGCAUAUACUUAUCGUCUAGGUAUACCUUGGAAUUGAAAGUCAGCGAAUAUAGUAAUAUUCUCUCUGUUUUGUUUGAGCUGAAUAUUGAUGACGAUGAGUUCCUGCGCUCCAAGAUAUUGAAAUGCAUCACAAAAACCGUCGAAAUAGCCCAGGAGCGUACUCAACUGCACGACGAUUUGGUGGAAUAUUUACCAACCCUAAUCAGCUACACUCAAACCGCCCACAAUGCCGAACGAAUAAAGGAUGUUGUACGACUAUAUUAUCUAUUCGUUGGCGAGUUAUCGGUUAACUAUCAUCACACACUGUGCAUUCACAUGCAGAAUAUUAUACCGAAACUCUGUGACUUUUACAACGAGGACAAAUUCUGUGAUGAUACAAAAAAGUUAUUCUUCGAGUGCGUUAUCCUAUCGCUGCAAGCUCUAUAUCCGAAAUUAAAAAGCAACGAUUUCAGCACAUUUCAAGUGCCCAUCAGAGAUGAUUGGCCACAGAGCAUGCAAAAGUUGCAUACCAUCAUUAAAAUGGAGAUUAGGAAGCACACUAUGGGUCGCAACAAACCAUCCGUAUUGAACACGGAUAAAUUUCCACUGAUAUUUAUUAAACUGUCCGCACUUGUCACUUACAUUGUUUUGUGGCAUGUGGAACCGAAUCAAAAUAAAGAUGCGGACGCAAAUACUAGCAAACGUCAAAAGGUCGACAUCAUGACUUCUAUAAUCAAUCUGAUUAACAUGCAGAAAACUAGCUUCAGUGCUGUGUGGUUUGCCAUAUUUGCCGAGCUGUUGCAGCUGAGUAGCUCGAUAAUAAGCGAGGGUAAUUAUUAUCAGGAGAUGCGUGAGACGACAUUGCAUGUUCUUCAAAUCUAUGGCAACGCAUAUAAUUUGCGCAAUGUACGCCUCUGCCUGGCGAGCAUGCUGGCUAAGGAACAGGAGCAGAAGCUUUCGAAAUCGCAUACGAUAGUUUCCGACUUUUAUGCACAAGUUGCCACGCAUCUCAUUUCAGAGACACGUCCGGCUGCCGAAGAGAUAAUCGAGAAACAGAUCAUACUGCAGUCGCUGAUCAAAUAUGAUAAACUGAGCGCCAAACUCUGCACCACAUUGCUUCAAAGCAUCACAACGAAUGAGAUGUUGAGAAGGAAUGAGUGCAUCGCUACCAUUCGCGUCAUAUUCACACAUGCCGAACAGUGUGGCAUUGAUAAGGCCACCGCUGUUGUGGAGCCUCUCAUUAGGUGGGCCUACGAUCACGAGAAGAGCAUUGCAACGCAAAUAAUCAAUAAUAUUGCUGCUAUCGAUCAGAAACUUUUGGCGGACACAUUCGCCAUUGGCAUCAUUAAUUUCCUUGACGAAGACCAAGUGCAGCAACUGGCCACCAGCAAUAACAAUAACUCGCCAAUAGCCACAGAGAAAGCAGAAUUUACCCAACUGCAGCUAUUGCUAUACAAGUACAAUAAGCAGCUGGUCUGCCUGGAUGAUCCUUUUCAGUCGCGGCUACGAGGACCUAUUACGGCGCACAGUGAAACACCGGCGAGCGUGAAGAGCUGCCUGUAUGUGCACAAUUAUGAGUUGCUUAUGCGCAUGCUCGACCCGGCAAUCACGAAUGAGUCCAGCACCAGUUCCUUGAUCAAGGAUCUAAAGAAUUUGCAUAAGUUAGUUUGCACCAUGGAACGUUUGCUUCAUUACAAUGUCUUUGACGUGUCGAAUUUUAUGCAAUGUCCGCUCAUGAAGCGCAUUGGUUUUUUUCUCAGCCACACGGAGAUUCAAUACACUUCUAUUCAGCCGGAUAUUAAUCGCAUAGACGAGAGUGAUUUUCAUGAGAUUCUAGAUGAACAGAUUGCCAUUCUCGAAGUAUUCAAUUCGAAUGAGAUACUAUUGGAGUAUCUAGAAAAACAGCCGAUGGAAAUGCUGCUCGAGUUCAUAGGUGUGCUGCUUAAGCAUAGUUACACACGCAAGGAUCACACGAAGAGCACAGAUCGUACAGCACUGAACACAAAAUGCGUCUGCAUCCUUGGCAGCAUGUGUGCAAACAGCACGUAUAGUACCGAUGCCAUUUCCCAUCUGGUCAAGAACCUCAUGGAGCGCAGUCCGCUUAAUGAUGAAAUGAUGAUAAUUAAGAUGCUGUGUCGCUGCAAGGGCUUAUCGGAGGAAUGCCUUGAAUGGCUGGCCUGCAAGCUGAAGAACAUAUUUCAGCAUCACAAUACAAAUGUGGAUAUCAUGAGCCAGGUGGUUGAGGAAAUACCCACUCUUACGCACUUUUUUUAUGACAUUGAGCAUUUGCUGGACGUUAUAAUGAUAGCGCUGAUGUCGUUGUUGAAGAUAGCGUUAAAAAAAUCAUAUCCAACCCAAUUGGCUGUCCAAAUUGUACGCUCCGUGGGCCAAAUAGCACAGAGUUGUCCCAACAUUUACAAUUCAGAGAACUUUUUGGUGAUUUGCCAAUCGGUGGCCAAUUUUUUAGCAAUGCCAACGCUGGAAGUGCGCUAUGCGACAAUUGAAACGCUUACGAUACUCCUAAAUUCGAACUAUUGUGUUUCGAACAGCGAUGCCGAUACAACUAGCAAGCAUAAUAGACAUUUGAUAUUUUGUGAUCAGCUGUACGGGUCCAUUGACUUUAAAGACCUGUCGUUCACCGGCAAGGACAUGUUGCUGAAUAAUCAUUCGGUGGCCAUACAAUCGUUAUCUGCAUUCUUUGCCUUUAGUGCAUUCCAUCAGGAGCGUAGUUUGCAGGAUCUAAUGUCGUACUGUGCGACCCAUAAACUCAACGCAAACGAUUUCAGUGCAUUAGGAAGCCUAGUGCAGUGCCACAAGUUAACGAUGUGCGAACUUAUGACGCCCUAUUCGGAUACCAUGCUCCAAAAAUGGAUUUCACUGCGCCGGUCCGUGUCUAAAUUUCCGUAUUAUCUGGGCUAUGACACAAAGGAGGCAUUUCUUAAAGCUAAUUGUAAAAACAUAAUGGCUUAUUCAUUCAUCUAUCGCACGCCGGAGGAUAUAAAUCGUUUUAAAACACUUUUAAGCGAGCGGGAGGCUGCGCCUAUCCUGAUGGCCUAUAUGGUGUCAGAAUGGAGCGAUUGCAUUGAAACGCAAAAUGAGGACUUUCGGCAGCAUCUGGAGAAUCUCAAACAUAAUAUACAGCUAUUUGGAAUGCAUCCUUUGGAUGUUGCACUCAAUGUGGAAAGCCUUUAUGAAACGAUCAGACAUUUGCACGAUGAGGACGAAUGGAUCCGGUUGUUUGGCGAAUCUGCGCCCUACAAUAAACUACGAAUGUGGUUUCAUCUUAGCGCAUCUUCGCUCUUUAAAUCUUUGAACCAACACAUUAGUGGUAAACGAUGGUCAAGGGAUGAGCGUAUUCAGGCCAUGUCCCUAUUGAUGUUUGAGCAUAGGCUGCUCUUAGUUGAUCUCCUUGGCAUAUUGAAGACCGCUUGCCAUCUGGCUAUGCUCGCCGAUCAAGUAUUGCACAACUUUUUCUCAUACUGCACCAUUGCUGAUGCAAUACUGGAUGCGGCUAUGGAGAGAUCAUCAUCAAAUAUAAAGACGGAUGCGGAUUUAAUUCAAGUCAAUUGCGCUUACUUUGUGAGCGACAUUUGGCACUUCUUCUGCGGUUUUCUGUUGCACAGUAAGUGUGGACAACUGCAUCGAGUUGCCCUACUUUAUAUUCAAUCGAGGCUCAAUAUUUGCACUUUUCAGUCGCACAACAUCAACACAAUCGAUUUUGAUAAAAUAGGCAAACUUUUGAUUGCCUCCAUGCAACACGUCAAGACGGUAGAGUUGAAGUUAUUGGCAGCCGACGUUCUGAAAAAAUUCCUGAAUAUAUUCAAGCUGCAGCUCAAUGAAGAUGGGGCUGACAAGGCGGCAAAUCUGCAAACACUGCGUGAUCUUUGCGAGAUGACAUUAAAUGUACAGACGCUGCUGGUGGAUGAGGAUAGCGAGGGGACGCAUCUGCAAUCGCUGCGUGAUCUUUGCGAGAUGACGGUACCACGAUUUGAACAGCUCAGCGUUGUCGACUAUAUGCGUACAUUCCUCAAGUCUAAUAGAAUGGAGCCCUUGCAUGGCCUACGUGAAUAUAUUGCCGAGCACAAGGACGAACUGCAGAGUCAUCAGCAAUUGUUGUUUGAGCUAAUCAAUCGUCUCAUUCACAUGGUGCGCGAGUCUCCCAGCAAGAAAGGCAGCAUUGAUGCCGUCAAAUCUCUAGCCGAAAUUGGGCCACUCAAAUUGAAGCGGAACUCGUAUUAUUUUCAAACCGAAUUUGAAGACAUUCAGCAGUUGCAGUCGUCUGAGCAACCGAUUGUGCAGUUUCUUGACGUCAUUAUGGAGACGCUGGAAAAGCAGUUGUAUGACUUCAAUACGAGCACACAGAAGGCGCUUAUCCAAGUGGCUGGCCAUGUGGUCGACAGCAAGGAUGGCAGCAAAUUAGUAUCGGAUCAUCCACAUUUGCGUAUCUUUAAAACUAGCCCAAAUAAUUUGGGUUUCCUCAACACAUCCGACAGCAUUCCGGUAAUAGAUUGGCUGACCGUACUCAAAUCCAGUGAACAGUUGGACUAUAGGCCAUGGCUGUGCACAUUUAUGGGUUUGGUGUUUGGCGAGUGCGGUUGGCAAGGAUUCGAUGCGUUUGCGGCCAAGUCAUUUACAUUUGCCAAGGCUUGUCUGCAACCGUUUAUCAAACUUUUGCUUAGCAAUAAGGAGCAACAUUUGGACAGCCUGUGUUCAAUGCUCGAACACUUUUUCGAGAGCGCCGCAAGCGAGGCCAAGGGUGUCUACCAGGAUAAGCGUGUCAUCAAGCAAUUCCUCUACAUAUGCGAAUGCAUUCGUCUUGUUAACAAUUGGAGUAUACCCAUCAAUCUUGAGAAUGUGGUCAAGGCGAGCAAUCAUUGCCAGGCGUAUUUCCUUAGCAUUAUGUAUCUGGAGUUGUGGGCGUAUUCCGCAAAUGCAACCGCCGAUGCAAAUAUCCUUGCAGAUGAAAGCUUCCAAUUGUCCGCAAAAAUUGCAUAUACAUCGAUUGGCUGUCUAGAUGCAAUUCCCGGCUUCCUGGAUCCGUUGCGUUCGCGCUCUGAUUAUUUUAGUUUGAAUGAUAACUUAUCGGGCAUUCUGCUGGAAUCGGAUAAUCUGGACGAGCCGACAAGGCAAAUGUGUAUUGACAUUAUGAAGUCGAAUGGAAUGCUAUCGCUAGCUGACCUUUAUCAGCGUGUCGCCGUAGACGGGACAACACGGGUGGACUAUGAGGUACUGUGGCGUCUAUGUGAUUGGGACGCCCCGAUUGAUGGUCAUCAGAAGGUAAAUCGAGCGAACAACAUGGAACUGGAGUUCAAUAAGCAUCACUAUUUGGCACUCAAGAGCAUCAGCAAACGGGAGAAGGAGACCACAGUAACAGCCAUCAACAAUGCCUAUCAAUGUGUCCAGGCUAUAUUGCGGGAUAUCAGCGUGGAGUGCUUACAGUCUGUCUACAAAUAUAUGACUUGGUUGUGCAUGCUGCAACAGACCGAAGAUUUUUGGCAGAUUCAGUUUAGUCAACAAUUGAGCCCAGCACAAAAGAACGUAUUUAACAAGUGGCGAACGGAACUCAAUCUCGCCUAUGGCAACUUUAGAUGCAAGGAACAAAUACUUGCCCAUCAGAUAACGCUGUUCAAAAUGCCUGGCAUGCGCGCCGAUAGACGCAUCAAAGAACAUUAUCUUCAAAAUCCGGUAGACACCUAUCUGCUCAAGUGCAUCGGCGAGUGCAAGGCCGCGGGUAAACUGAAUUUGGCCACCAAGUAUAUUGCCACACUGCGUGCUCUGCCGGACAUCAAGAUGCCUACACAGCUAUCGGCGCUGCUGGAGGAUGCAGAAGUAAAUAUGAAGACGUGCAACUAUCAGAUCGCCAAGGCCAUAUUGCAUCACGUGAAUACGAAUAGCGAUUUUAAGUAUUGUGUGGAGCGUGUGACGGCUCUACGAAUGCAGGGCGAAUUCCAGCUGGACUGCAAUGCCGAUAAUUUUGCCAAUACUUUGCGACAGACAUUUAAUACAUCACUCCAGCUGCUGGAUUAUUUCAAGGCGCACAAGGUACAGCUUAUGAAACUGGACUCCAAUUUGAUCGUUUGGGAUAAAUUCGAGCAGUUCGAGAUUGAUAAUCGGAUGGCAGCGCAUGCGUCCAUAGCCAAAUAUGCGGAUCGUGAAUAUCAACAGCUUUACGACUAUCGCCAGUCGCAGGAGUAUAAAACUCUUGUCGAUAUCAUCCAGCAGAAUCGUCGCUUGGCUGGCACGGUUACGGCUAGUCGGCAGCGUGAGGAUCGUGAUCGUCAAUUGGGUGCACUAAAUUUAAAACGAUUCGCCAAUCUGGACGCACAGGAACUGAACCGCAUCGAAAACAAUCUCACCGAGCAUCUGUGCACAGCGAUCACACAUUAUAUUGAAUAUUGUCAACUUGAUAAAGGAUUCUCAAGUGCGGAAAUUUAUCGCAUCAUCGCACUCUGGUUCACAAACGAUCAAAAUGAACAGAUGUUGAACACCAUCAAAGAUGCAAUUCAAUUGGUGCCCAGCUACAAGUUCAUUUGCGUUGUCAGUCAGCUUGCCGGGCGUCUGAACUCGAAACAUGCCCCUUUUCACAAGAUUCUUGUCGAUUUACUUGUACGCUGCGGCCAGGAUCACCCACAGCAAACAUUCUACAAGCUAUAUCCAUUGGUCUAUGCCUAUCUCGAUGGCGAAUAUGCCAAUACACAACGCGCCGACAUCGCCAAAAAGAUUAUCGCUCGCAGCUGUGAGGCAAAUACGGCCGCCCUCGAGGCUAGCAAACAAUUCGAGCUUAUGUUUCCAGCGCUAAUUAAGUUUGCCAAUAGCUAUAUUGGCCCAAAUGGCAAGCCCAAUAACGAAAUGAUGCCCGCUAUGAUAGUUGAGCUAAAUAAACUCAAACUGGACCGUGUGCAGUGUCCCACAAUUGAGCUGGUCGUGCAGCCCAGCAAGGAAUACAAUAUAAUCAGCAUUGUGAAAUGGACGGGUAAAUAUGAAUUCUGUGGUGGUCUGAAUGCACCAGUUAAAUUGAUGUGCCUCUGUUCGGACGGUGUGGUGCGUGCUCAACUGAUCAAGGGCAAGGAUGAUCUACGCCAGGAUGCUGUCAUGCAGCAGGUGUUCGGGAUUGUCAACGAACUGUUCAACAGUGAUUCGGAGUUCGCUGAGCGUAAAUUGCAAUUGCGCACCUACAAGGUGACGCCUCUCUCCAUGCGAUGUGGCAUCAUCGAGUGGGUAAGCAACACAAUACCGAUCGGUACCUAUCUGGCUGGUAAUGGCACUGGCGGUGCCCAUAUGAAAUAUCGACCCACAGAUUGGAACAAUAAUAAAUGUCGCCAGAUGGCAGCGGCAGCGCUAAAAAAGACACCCGAUGUACGGCGAAGUGUCUACAAGAAGAUUUGCGAGAAGGUGCAGCCAGUGUUUCAUUAUUUUUUACUCGAGAAAUUUCCAAUACCGGGCGAGUGGUUUGAACGCCGGCUGGCUUACAUCAAUAGCGUGGCGACCACCUCCAUGGUGGGCUAUGUGCUUGGAUUGGGCGAUCGCCAUACGCAGAACAUUCUCAUUGAUGCACAGACCGCCGAAGUGGUGCAUAUUGACUUUGGUAUUGCUUUUGAGCAGGGCAAAAUUCAAAAUACGCCAGAGACGGUGCCGUUUCGUUUAACACGCGAUAUGGUCGCUCCGAUGGGUGUGUGCGGCACAAAUGGUGUAUUUACGAAGUCCUGCGAGGCCACCAUGCAUAUUUUGAGGCGUUACAAGUCCGUAUUGAUCACCAUACUGGAGGUCCUACUGUACGAUCCACUAUUUAUUUGGGGCGUGCUCUCAACAGAGCAACAACAGCAAAUGUCCAAUGAAGAAUCGAAGAACAUACUGGCGCAACGGGCUCUCUUGUUGGUCAAACAUAAACUGGAAGGCGGGGUGCCCGGAUUACUGGAGAACUCGGAUGUGAAAACGCAAGUUCAGCGUUUGAUCAACGAGGCAAAACUGCCCAGCAAUUUAGCAAUGCUAUAUCAUGGCUGGGAUCCAUAUAUGUGAUACGCCGUGCUCCUAGUCCCUCACGCAUAACAUCACAAUUAAAGCAAACACAUUUAUCCAUUUACUUUAUUAUUAUUAAAUUUUCUUUCUCGAGCGAGAGAAGCUUAAAAUCGCCUCACUUUAUGCUUAUACUUUGUUACGCAUUAUUCGAAAACCAAUUCGCAGCUGGAAUGGUUUGUUUGGACAUAGGCUUAAGAUAAUUAAUAAUAAAAUAAAAGAAAAUAUCAUA